UUUUUUUGGUCUUAAGAGGUACUUUCAUUCAUUCAUAAAAAAGAGGUCUACAUGAUGAAAAUGAACAAGUCUCCGAAAACAAAAUAUCCCGAAGGAGCUGGGGGGGUGAAGACACCCAAUUUGGAGGAAGAGUUCUUGUACGAUGGGCUUUAGCUAUCUAGUCUGUUGCUUGGUUGGCCUCCUUAGGACAAUGGCUUAAUUUCGCUGAAGCUUGUUGAGCUAAAAGAUCAUUGCAUUCAAUUAAGAUAUUUCGCAAGGCCCAAGGGGGCUCUUCUCGGCCCAACACCAUCUCCACUAAGGAUGAACUGUCGCUCUCACACUCCCACUGCACUUUCUGUACUUGUCCUUCACCCACGUGCGUUUCUGUUCGCUGUUUUAGAAACAAAAGUCCUUGCACUAAAGCUAGGGCUUCGGCUUGCAGAGGAGUUGAAGCUCGGACAUCCUUUGCGAAGCCAUCGACGACCAUCCCCUUUGAGUUGCGUAAGAUUCCUGCAAUUGAACUCGGUUUGUCGCUAUCCACCCACGAGCAGUCCAUGUUUAACUUCAUGGAGCUUCCAAUCGGAGGUAUCCAGUAGACAGGAGAGGGUUUCUGUGGGCCGAGCUCUGAAGAUGCUGUCAUUACGAUUUUUCCAUAUCAGCCAUAGCACUGUUGCUAACAAUUCUUCUUUGGCAGGAAGAGAUGUUCGGUUGUCUCUGGAUGACUUGCACAGAGGGGGCACAACGGGUCAGACCACUAAUUCGGUUUUCCACGCCUUCUUCAUUGUGUUAAGGAAGGCUUGGAAAUUUACAUUGGGCUUCGAAAAAAGUUUACCAUACAAAGGACACUACAGGGAGCUUGACUAGGGUGCGAAACUGGGAAAGAGACUCACGGCAGUCUACUGUAGCAUACUCACCUGAGAGCCCACAUAUGGUAGAAGAGCCAGCUUCCACUUGAUUGAGUUUCAGAGGUUUUAGAAUAUUUAAGGUUAAAAUAGAUUGAAGGGAGCUCUGAAACUGGAAGAAGAAAUAG